GCCGUCGCCGCCCGGGCCAACCGCCCAGGCCUCGCCCGGUACGGGACGGCGGGCGCCCCCCGCCCUAACGAGGCGGCCCGCCUCACGCUCUUCUCCUUCCCACGGCUCCAAGCCCGGCGGCCAGGUCAGGCCCGCGGGGGCCGCGACGCCGGCGUCAACCGCGGCUGCGACGGCCUCUGGGAGCGCGUGAGGCUCCGGGGUCGCUGCGGCGAUUGGCCGGCCGCGGCGCCCGCUCCCAUAAUGCAGCGCAUGGCGCGUCAUUGAAGAGAGACCAUGAUGGCGGCGGCGCUGGGGCCCCCAGAAGUGAUCGCUCAGCUGGAGAACGCGGCCAAAGUUCUGAUGAUGGGGAAACUGAGGUUCAAAGAGGUAGAAGUGACUUGCCAAAGGCGCCACCUUCCAUGGUUAAUAACGAACAACGCCAGCAUGCAGAGCACAUAUUCUUAUCGUUUAGGAAAUCAAAGUCACCAUUUGCAGUUUGCAAGCAUAUUUUGGAAACAAGUAAAGUGGACUAUGUCCUCUUUCAAGCUGCCACAGCCAUAAUGGAAGCAGUUGUCCGAGAGUGGAUUCUCUUGGAAAAAGGGAGCAUCGAGUCACUGCGAACAUUCCUUUUAACCUAUGUCUUACAAAGGCCUAACCUCCAAAAGUAUGUUCGGGAACAGAUUCUGUUGGCAGUAGCAGUCAUUGUAAAACGAGGAUCCUUAGAUAAAUCAAUUGACUGCAAAAGCAUCUUUCAUGAAGUCAGCCAGUUGAUAAGUAGUGGCAAUCCCACUGUGCAAACUUUGGCCUGUUCUAUUCUAACUGCACUAUUGAGCGAAUUCUCAAGUUCAAGUAAAACUAGCAACAUUGGACUCAGUAUGGAAUUCCAUGGCAACUGCAAAAGAGUUUUUCAGGAAGAAGACCUUCGUCAGAUCUUCAUGCUAACAGUUGAAGUUCUUCAGGAAUUCAGCAGGCGGGAAAACCUCAAUGCUCAGAUGUCUUCGGUAUUUCAGCGUUACCUUGCCCUCGCCAAUCAAGUCUUGAGCUGGAACUUUCUUCCUCCAAAUUUGGGCAGACAUUAUAUAGCUAUGUUUGAAUCUUCACAAAAUGUGCUGUUAAAGCCAACAGAGUCCUGGCGGGAGACUCUUCUGGAUAGCAGAGUUAUGGAGCUGUUUUUCACAGUACAUCGAAAAAUCAGAGAAGAUUCAGAUAUGGCACAAGAUUCUCUUCAGUGCCUUGCCCAGUUAGCUUCUCUUCAUGGACCCAUCUUCCCCGAUGAAGGCUCACAAGUUGAUUAUCUAGCACACUUCAUUGAGGGAUUACUGAAUACUAUCAAUGGAAUUGAAAUAGAAGAUUCCGAAGCUGUGGGAAUCUCCAGCAUUAUCAGCAACCUGAUAACUGUGUUCCCUCGAAAUGUUUUAACUGCCAUUCCAAAUGAACUUUUCUCGUCCUUUGUUAACUGUCUCACACACCUCACUUGUUCUUUUGGGCGAAGUGCUGCAUUGGAAGAAGUGCUUGAUAAAGAUGACAUGGUGUACAUGGAAGCCUAUGACAAAUUGCUGGAAUCCUGGCUGACUUUGGUCCAAGACGACAAACAUUUCCACAAAGGCUUUUUUACCCAACAUGCAGUUCAAGUUUUCAAUUCCUAUAUUCAGUGCCACCUCGCUGCUCCAGAUGGCACGAGGAAUUUGACUGCCAAUGGUGUGGCCUCUCGUGAGGAAGAAGAAAUAAGUGAACUUCAAGAGGAUGAUCGAGACCAGUUUUCAGAUCAACUAGCCAGUGUAGGAAUGCUAGGAAGGAUUGCUGCAGAACACUGUAUACCUCUUCUGACAAGCCUAUUGGAAGAAAGAGUGACGAGGCUCCACGGUCAGUUACAGCGGCAUCAGCAGCAGUUACUUGCCUCACCUGGUUCAAGCACUAUAGACAACAAAAUGCUUGAUGAUCUGUAUGAAGAUAUUCACUGGCUUAUUUUAGUUACAGGCUACCUCUUAGCUGAUGAUACUCAGGGAGAGACUCCGCUAAUACCUCCAGAAAUAAUGGAAUAUUCCAUUAAGCAUUCAUCUGAAGUUGACAUUAAUACAACACUUCAAAUUUUGGGAUCUCCAGGAGAAAAGGCUUCUUCCAUCCCAGGGUACAACAGAACAGAUUCUGUGAUUAGGCUAUUAUCUGCCGUUCUCAGAGUUUCAGAGGUUGAAUCUCGAGCGAUAAGAGCAGACCUCACUCACCUCCUAAGCCCUCAAAUGGGCAAAGACAUUGUUUGGUUCCUAAAACGCUGGGCAAAGACUUACCUCCUGGUGGAUGAGAAACUAUACGAUCAGAUAAGUCUGCCAUUCAGUACAGCAUUUGGAGCAGAUACAGAAGGUUCCCAGUGGAUUAUUGGCUACCUCUUACAAAAAGUCAUCAGUAACCUCUCAGUGUGGAGUAGUGAGCAGGACCUUGCAAAUGACACUGUGCAGCUCCUUGUCACUUUGGUGGAAAGAAGAGAAAGAGCAAACUUAGUGAUUCAGUGUGAAAACUGGUGGAACUUAGCCAAGCAGUUUGCAAGUCGAAGCCCACCUCUGAACUUCCUGUCAAGUCCCGUGCAGAGGACACUGAUGAAGGCUCUUGUCUUGGGCGGUUUUGCACAUAUGGACACAGAAACCAAACAGCAGUAUUGGACAGAGGUCCUUCAGCCACUUCAGCAGCGAUUCUUAAGAGUGAUAAACCAAGAAAACUUCCAGCAGAUGUGCCAGCAGGAGGAAGUCAAGCAGGAGAUCACGGCCACGCUGGAGGCCCUGUGUGGCAUUGCAGAGGCUACCCAGAUUGACAACGUAGCAAUUCUUUUUAAUUUUUUGAUGGACUUCCUUACCAAUUGCAUUGGAUUGAUGGAAGUUUACAAAAAUACCCCAGAGACCGUCAAUCUCAUAAUAGAAGUUUUUGUGGAAGUUGCACAUAAACAGAUAUGCUAUCUUGGAGAGUCCAAAGCUAUGAACCUGUAUGAAGCCUGCCUUACUUUGCUGCAAGUAUAUUCUAAGAAUAACUUGGGGCGGCAAAGAAUAGAUGUUACAGCAGAGGAAGAACAGUACCAAGACCUGCUUCUCAUCAUGGAACUUCUCACUAACCUUCUGUCAAAAGAAUUCAUAGAUUUUAGCGAUACAGAUGAGGUGUUCAGAGGACAUGAGCCAGGGCAGGCGGCAAACAGGUCUGUGUCCGCGGCUGAUGUUGUUCUGUAUGGAGUGAACCUCAUUCUGCCCCUGAUGUCACAAGAUCUUUUGAAGUUUCCAACCCUUUGUAAUCAGUACUACAAAUUAAUCACAUUUAUCUGUGAGAUUUUUCCUGAAAAAAUACCACAGCUUCCUGAAGAUCUUUUUAAAAGUCUGAUGUACUCUCUAGAACUAGGCAUGACAUCAAUGAGUUCGGAAGUUUGCCAGCUUUGCCUGGAAGCUUUGACGCCAUUAGCUGAGCAGUGUGCAAAAGCACAGGAAACAGAUUCACCACUUUUUCUAGCAACACGGCACUUUCUAAAGCUGGUUUUUGAUAUGCUGGUUUUGCAAAAGCACAACACAGAGAUGACCACUGCAGCCGGUGAAGCUUUCUACACGUUGGUGUGCUUGCAUCAGGCUGAAUAUUCCGAGUUGGUUGAAACAUUACUGUCAAGUCAGCAAGACCCAGUUAUUUACCAGAGAUUAGCAGAUGCCUUCAACAAGCUCACCGCAAGCAGCACUCCUCCGACGCUGGACCGGAAGCAGAAGAUGGCCUUCCUAAAGAGUUUAGAAGAGUUUAUGGCAAAUGUUGGUGGCCUCCUUUGUGUAAAAUAAACAACAAAACUUUAUGCUUAAUUUAGAUCCUUUCUGCAAAGUGCACUGAAUUGCUAAAAGCUGACUUGAGUCUUGUCCUGUUCUUCAGUUCUUUGGCCGUUUUGGAUCUCGGAGAGUCUGAAAGUUUGAUAUGUAAUGCAGUGAAACAGGAGAGGUCACCUUUGAAUCAGCUUCCGCUGUUGGGUGUUAGCCACAGUCUGUCAUAUGUGUCUUGUGGAUUUUGAAUGGUGAUCUAAGAUUUUCAAUUCCGUAUAUGUGCAAACAGAUAUGGGCACCAUGAAAUGCACAUUCAGUGCCUUUCCCCCUUAUCGAAACAUUAGGUGGCUAGCCAAAGUGUAGACUUUCUGUUAAAUUAAAUAUAUUAGAUGGACAUAUGCUCGGCAUUGUUUCUCAAAAUGUUGUCCAUAGACCACCUGCAUCAUUGGAGGAGCUGGUUGAAAAGGUAGAUUCUUGGGCCCAACUGUAGACCCUCAGAGUCAGAAUUUCUGUUUGUUGGGCCUUGGACUCUUCAUUUUAACACGCUCCUCCCCUCUGCCACCCCACAAGUUUUGAAUCAAUGCAAAAGACAGUGGAAACUCUUCCGAGGUUUUGUGCUUUCAAACGUUUCCUCCCUUUGAUGAUUAGGUUUGUAAUUCAGCAGGAAGAAGAAACAUCAGGUGUUUGCUGGCUUCUUGUGGCACACUGGCUCUUUGUUGUUUGUAACAUCAGCCUGGUGUUGCAGGCUUUGUGUGAUACAGGCCUCCAGUCACACUCUGAUGCCUGAACUUGAGGGGGAAAAUGGGUGUAUAUUUUUGUUCCAUAAAAAGAACUUUAGGAACUGUAGCCAUUUCAUUGCCUUAAUUUUAAGAAGAAAAUACAAAAAAGAGCAGAUUUGUUUUAGCAAGAAAUCAAGUCUUGAUGCUUCAGAGUUGGUUUAGGGUGUUAGCUGCUAUGAAUCUGGUGCCCUUUUGAUCGUGUAUUUAUGUUGGGUUUAUGAGUGAAAUGAAAGUCUCAUUCGUAUGUAGUCUAACUUUUUGGAUAUGUUUCUCUUCAGCCACGUAGCCCAUGGCUAAUAAUCUAUUCUGAAUGGCUUGCUUAAGCAAUAACUAUUUUAAAGGAUGUGAAUUACUGAUUCAUACAGACUAUUCUACGUUGGGGCAUUAGGGGCAAUAAUUACGCUAGAGUGGACAUUCUCCUCAUCUCACAGGAGCCAUGUACAUUUAAUUUAAGAGAUUAAAAACUUCCUAUUUGGAUCCUCUCGUUUGAUCUUUCUAAUCAGGACUUUUGUACUGCUGCCAUGCUCCCCUUAGUUCUGUGUGCCAGCUUAAAUUAUGGAAAUGAAAGCUAAUUUAUAAACUGCCGGCGUAUGAAGCUCUGCCCACUGCGAUGUCAAAAUCCCACAGCACAGUGACAGGAAUCUGGCACAGGCUCGCUCUGAAACUGUGCCUCUAAGGGGUGGGCUUUCUCCUGCUGUGUCCUUGACACCUACAGGCUCAACUGUCCUUCGAACGUAGUCUUCAUAUCUGAAUUGCAUAUAGUAUAUGCAUCUUCACACGUGAUGCUGUGCAGAACUUUGUAGAACUCCGUGCUACUCACAGGUAACAAAACUGGAGCGUCUAAAUUACAUCCAACCUGUGCAUGUGAUGUUAGACACGAGUGAAUGCAAAGCCUAAGGCCGUAACUUUUUGAGGAACGUCACUCUUAAUUCGAUUAUUGUUGAUUAAUAACUGAGGUGGAGCAAAAACAUCUUAAAAGACAGCUAGGAAAAAACUAAGAUCGCUCUUCACGAAAUACACGUAUUGUAUUUUUCAGAACACUUUGAACAAGUGCAUUUAUUUUUAGGUUUCUUCUUUUUUUCCCUUAACUUGUGGCAAUAUUCUUUCUUGGUGUUUGACGUUUCCCAGCUCCCUCAUGCUUUCUUCAGAGUUGUGAGCAGUGUGUAUCUGUGUGUUCAAUAAGAAUAGUCCCUUUGCCAAAGGACACUGAAAUACACAACUGACUGGGUAGGUCUGCCAUGACAAAACUAUGAUCAAAUUGUUAUUAUAAAUAAAGAUGAGUAGGAAAGAAAUACCUUGGUAAAUAAAAAGGUGUCAGUAUUUAAUAACUUCUUCCUAGACAGAAAUGUAUUUGCUGAAUUUGCCCAGAUUUUAUUAUAGUCCUGCAAUUUCAUUAGAUCAGUUUCAGUUAAAAGUGAGAUUUACUUCAGAUUGGACCAAAUAAUGUUUCCAGUGUCCCCUGAACGUUGAGUAGUGGCAAACUGGAGGAAAAAGCAACCACCAUUUUCUAGGUAAUGGGGAUGCCACUUUAAUUGCAACGGCUAAGACUUCUUUUCAGGGUGUUUGUGUUAACGUUUGCCUUAUUGAAUAUUUGUUUAGUGUUUGGGUCUUUUGUUUUACUCUGUCCAGUUUCGUCUUUGGCUAUGUUUAUUGACGCUAGUUUUUUGGGGUUUCGUUUUAAUGUUCUUGGCCCAGUGGAUGUAAAGAGCACUGGCUUAAUUCUAGUAAAUUGAUUUUUACUAUUGAAACUAAGUUGUUAAAAAGAGUUCUAAAAACAAAAACAUUAUUUGUGCCCCCCUUUUUAUAUGUUAAAGGGACACUGUCAAGGAUAUGAUUUUUAGAAUUUUGUGUUUUAUAAAGUUUCUUUUGUUCAUGUAUAGCAUCCUUUAACUUCUCGUUUCAAUUCAUUCUUUAUUUGACUUAUUUCUUAUUUUAUUUUCCUUGCCCAUUUGUUUUCCCAAAGGCACAAUCUCUACAGAAUCCCAGGGCACAGUCGCUAAGGACUUGGUCCAUACACAAUUUCUCUCCAUAUAUAACAGCACCUGUAACUGUCUUCUUGUAGCUCUGUUAAAAGCAGUGGUUUGCUUUUACAGUUCAUCUUGGACAGGUGACUGCCUGGGUCAGACUGCUUGGCAGUGUUUGACAGUGUCCUUCUCAACACAGUUAUCUGGGUCUUUUCUGCCUUGUUGCCUCUUAAUCUGUUCGGAGACAGGGGGGCAUGUUAACAUCACUGCAUUUGAGUUUUUUGUCGGGUUUAAAGUGUGACAGCUUACGUUAAAAAAAAAAAAAAACACUUUGCAAUAUUUUUCAAAGAAUUUAGCCUUCAUUGUAAACCAUGUUUCUAAUUAGAUUACAUUACUCUGUUCAGAUAUGAUGGUUACUACCUUUUUCGGUUUUCACUUCAAAACCAAGCAUCUCUAUAAUUUGCCCCCAGUCGGCAAUAUUUAACACUCCCCUUACUGUCUUUGGUUGAACUUUCUCUUUUACCAAGAUGUCAAGUCUUUGUCUCUCUAAUAGCACCAUAUAUCCCAUUUCUGUUUAUAUUGGUAUGCAUCUCUCAAGUAUCGAAGGUAACUAGCUUUCAGUUUCAAGGAUUUCAAGUUCGAGCGUCCUACUAUUCAGUGUCAGUCGAACCCCUAAAAGACUCUUGUCUGUUACAGUUUCACUUGUUUCUGUUUGCCACUUACCGUUAGAAGCGAUUGUCAUUAAACCUUACUAAGUUAGCUAUGUCUGACGGAUAAUUAUCAUAUUGGUUCCUGAAUAAAAUAUUAGCUGUUAAGGCAGAAGGAACCUCAGUGCUUCUUAGAGUUUUUGCUUUUGUUUUUAACCAGAGAAUAAGGAACUGAUUGGAUGUAAGUUUUUAACCUAAUUUUCUAUCAAUUCUUCUACAAAACAGCAUAGCUGAUUUGAGGAUAUAAUAAUGUUUUAAAUUGUUUUAAAAUGUAAAUGGAUAUUCUCUGAUUUGGUAAAAUGCUACAUUUAAGGAUUCGUUAAAAAUUGGUUCUCUAAAAUUAACAAGUGUCCACAUUUGGUGUAUUGCUGAGCUCAAAUUGAUUUGAAGUGCCCUGGUUCAGGCUGAACUUUAUUUAGGUUUCGAUGUGAGAAGUGUGAGCUAUUCCUGACUGGUUAUAAUGGGAACCCGUGACGUACUUCGCCAGAGGACCUCUUUGGUCCACGUGAAGCUACAAAUUUCAUAAUGGCUGUCCGUCGUGUGUUAAAGAGGAUGGAUGAAGGGAUCUGUUUCUGGCCGGUAGCACUCUCCGCUUGGGAAAGACAAACUCCGCAAGACGGCUUUGGCGGUGGCUGGGAGGUGCAGUUUGCACCCAAGACUCCUGAGCCGCACCCGAAACCAUCUUCCUCCACCCAUCCACUGGGGUUUCACUCCUUCCUUAUUCCCAGCCCUUCUCACCGGUGCAGAGAUUUAGUUUUCUCCUUUUCAGUCUUCUUAGCUACUAGGAGCUAUCAGAUGUGUACUGAUAGCUCCUUUUCCUAGCCUGAAAUGAAAAAUACUGUGUCCGCACUAUGGACCUGAUGGGGAUGUGACCUCAAGUGUGUUCUGAGCCCAGGCUUCCUGGAGUGGUGUCUCUUACCACAUAAAAUUCUGACACGUUGCAAGCACUGGGAUUGUGAUUUGGUUCUCUGUACAAAGAAAGAAGCUCCAUGAAGUGAGUUUGUGGUUUAAUGGUCACAAAAUGUUAGCACUGCUACCAUUCAGCACGUGUAAAAUUUUUUAAAUUUAUAAAUAUUAAAAUUUUAAACUUACACUAAGACUUUUCAGUUUUUUUAAGAGACCCAGGGACAAGAGUAUACUGUUUAAAUAUUUACCUCUAUGAACAUUACUAAUGAAGGUAUAAAGUUGCAUUUAAUUUUUCAAAAGAUGCUACAAUAUGAUUUUAGGAAAUAAAUCAAGGCUAUGUAUUGAGCCAGUUACAAGCUGAAUAUCAAACUGAUAAAAUUUUAUUUGUAUUUUUUAAAUCCAUAAAUGGGAGUUAAAAAUGUGUCUUUUCACUAAAUAUUUUUAUUACA